CGAACGGGGUGCGUGGGCGUGGCGCCGCGCAGUGCAAGCUGGGAGCUGUAGUUGUCCCCGGCGGCGGUGCCGUGCCGGAGCCGCCAUGCCGGAGGGGACGGGAGCGCUCCGGGAGGUGCUGCCCAAGCAAGGGCAGCUGUCGAUGGAGGACACGCCCGCCAUGGUGCUGUGCAAGCCCAAGAUCCUGCCCCUCAAGUCGGUGUCGCUGGAGAAGCUGGAGAAGCUGCAGAAGGCGGCGCUGGAGGCGGCCCAGCCGCCCGAGUCGGCCCCGCCGCCGUCUGCGGGGACCGCGCCGCCCCGGCAGUAGCGCGGGAGGGUCGUGCCCGGCCGCACCCGCGAUCGGAGUAUAGCUUACAGUUUUCCACUGUUACCUACAUGGACCAUUGUGACACCUGGAUCUUCCAGACUGGUGCUGCACUGAUUUCUACCAAGCAGAUCGGGAAACCAGAAGAGAGGCAGCCUUUGUCCUCUGGGGAGCACUGAGGGGUGCUGCCUGGGAUUCACAGGAGGCUGCCUUUCCCCAAGUAUUUAUCCCAGCCUCAAGGUUUCACAUCAGUGCAGAUUCUUAAUACACGUUUUACCAGUCCAACUGUUUGUCCAUCCUCCAGUUUCUACUUCCAGUCAGUACCACUUUGGUCCCAAGAUGCUGUUUUCUGUAAGCAUUGACAGGAAUGAAGAGUAGUGCCUUUUCCUAUCUACAAUGAAACAAGUACCUUGAAGGGCAGAGGUCUCUCAGUGGUUUGGAGAUGAUGCCAGCCUGAAAGCAUUCCUCUACAAAGCGCUCGAGCACAGAAUAGGAGUGUGGCACAUCCAGGUUAAUGUCUGGGAUUUCACAGUAAACCCGUUCAUAGCCCUGCAGUGUAAGGAUUCAAAUAAUCAUCAGGUUAUUCUAUGAUUUUAUUACAAUAUUUUCAAAUAUCCUUUUGCAUUCCAGAGGAUUUAUUUUUUUAUAUGGUUUCACAAACCUGAAGCAUUGCAGCUAUUUGUCAGAAGAGAAAUAAUACCAGCCCAUACCAUGGCAUUAUACAAAUAUCUAUCUACAUAAAAAACACAACCUGAACUUUAAACUUCUUCAGAUGUCAGAAAUACAGACAGUAUGAAAUCUGUAUGUUAGCCUGCCUGUCACUACAUGGGUAGUAAUAUGGGAAGAAAAAUUAGUAAGUCUUCCAUGUACGUGAACAAAAUGUGGCCACAAAUGACCAACAGAAGUUUAUGCAGCAAGGGAGAGACUGGAGACAACCAGAGAUGACUUCAUCACUUCCCACCAGCAACAUAGCUGGGUCAAUUUUUAUUUAAGUGUUGGUGUGGUCCCCAGUCGGCCCUGGGACAGAAUUGCUGUCCUAUAUUCAUCCUGAGAAGUCAAGUCAGAUGAUUCCAGCUGUGCAAAAUACUGGUUUCUAUACUGCUCUACUUGACAUUGUAAUUAGUAGGCCUAUAUUGUACUACUUCAGUUACAAAGAACUACCAGAUAAAAAGACAAAAGAUGAAGCAACAUUGCAGCAUUUUAGAUAAUUAGUUUUAACAAUUUACCUGCAUAAAGGCAGCUGGAAAUUUCAGAAGACCUUAUGCAAAGUCCUCUAAAUGCCAUACUUACUCUUUUCAUUUGGUCCACAGUAAUGACAGAUGACUUCCACAGAGUUUUCAAUAAAUCCAGUAUCAUUUUAAA